AUGUCUGCGACGCUGGCGGAUCCCUACCGAGACUAUGCGAUUAACUACCCUCAACAUGCCGAUGGUAAACCCGAAGAGCAUGAAGGAGGACUCGUCUAUCAACCGCAGCAAUCCCAUCUUCAUCACCACAAAUCGGCCGACACCACCUUCUCGCAAACCGGCUCGCACAAUUCGGCAUUCGAGCAACACCAUGCAAACGCGACCGUCCUUCCCACAGCGACACCCCAAUCAUCCGUUCACGAGAUCUCACAGACCGUCGUCCUCAACCCGGCUCAGAUGCUCGGGCGACAGCUUCCAAUGCAGUAUUCUACUGCCGGCUUCGACGUCUCCUCCGUCCAGCGUGGCAAAAAGCGGCCCCAUUCGGAGACUGAGGGAGACGGGGACGACGCCAGCCACAGGAUCAGGCCACAGUUGCCUCUUCUCGCCACAGACAACUCGUCGGAAAACUCACACGGCCAGGAGAUGCUAUUCCCCGUCCAUGGCGACUCGUCUCAACAUCACCCGAUGCGCGGCCAUGAUUUCGGGCCACCGGACUCGAUGGCGCUCCCGCAGCAACACCACCACCACCGUCUCCCGCCCCAGGCCUCUUUCCGCGCCUCUCAGGGGGGCCAGGGGAUCAAUCUAGAAUCAUCUUCGUUGGCCUCCGGCCCGCCCAGUGUCGUUGGGCAACCCGGGAUGCCCGACCCGGCACCGCGGCCGCGGGGGCCCAAGCUGAAGUUCACACCCGAGGAGGAUGCACUGUUGGUGGAGCUGAAGGAGAAUAAGAACCUCACGUGGAAGCAAAUUGCCGACUUCUUCCCGGGUCGCACCAGCGGCACUUUGCAGGUUCGCUACUGCACCAAGUUAAAAGCCAAAGACGUGGCCUGGAGUGACGAAAUGACCCAACGGCUCGAGCGUGCAAUGCAAGAAUACGAGAAUGAUCGGUGGCGGAUCGUGGCUGGGAAGGUUGGGAAUGGGUUUACGCCGGCUGCUUGUCGGGAGAAAGCGACGCAGCUUUGA